UGUGUUUUUAUGAACCUGCUCGAGGACUGGAUGGUGGAGAGCGCGCUGUGAGGUUGUUGGAUGCUGGGUGGUAAACAACUGUUUGAUUGAGUCAAGUGGCUUGGUUUGAGCAUAGCGAUGGCUGAAGCAGCAGGUGCCGCGAGCGCCAACCCCAAUGCCGAAAUCGUGCGAGGCCAGGUGUUCGAGGUGGGCCCGCGUUACGCCAAUCUGCAGUACAUCGGCGAAGGAGCCUAUGGGAUGGUUGUGUCCGCUGUCGACAACAUAAAGAACACGAAAGUUGCAAUAAAAAAAAUUUCACCGUUUGAGCACCAGACAUAUUGCCAGAGGACGCUACGGGAAAUCAAAAUCCUUACUCGGUUUAAGCAUGAAAAUAUUAUUGACAUCAGGGAUAUAUUAAGAGCCGACACGAUUGACCAAAUGAAAGACGUAUACAUCGUACAGUGCUUAAUGGAAACGGACCUUUAUAAAUUGUUAAAAACGCAGAAAUUAAGUAACGAUCACAUCUGCUACUUCCUGUACCAAAUUCUGCGAGGGCUGAAGUACAUCCACUCGGCGAAUGUCCUACACAGGGAUCUAAAGCCGUCUAACUUACUACUUAACACUACUUGUGAUUUAAAGAUUUGUGACUUUGGUCUGGCUCGAGUGGCGGACCCAGAUCACGACCAUACAGGCUUCCUCACGGAGUAUGUGGCCACACGUUGGUACCGAGCGCCGGAGAUCAUGCUCAAUUCCAAGGGCUACACCAAAUCAAUAGACAUCUGGUCAGUGGGGUGCAUCCUAGCGGAGAUGCUGUCGAACCGGCCGAUAUUCCCAGGCAAGCAUUACUUGGACCAGCUCAACCAUAUCCUGGGUGUUCUCGGCUCGCCCAGCCAGGAGGAUCUUGACUGCAUCAUCAAUGAGAAGGCUCGCGGGUAUCUUGAGUCGUUGCCGUUCAAGCCACGCGUGCCGUGGACCGAGCUGUUCCCCGGCGCAGACGCACGCGCACUCGACCUGCUGCACCGCAUGUUGACCUUCAACCCACACAAGCGCAUCACCGUCGAGGAAGCGCUCGCGCAUCCCUACCUCGAGCAGUACUACGACCCCAACGAUGAGCCCGUUGCCGAGGAACCAUUCCGAUUCGCUAUGGAGCUGGAUGAUCUUCCCAAGGAGACGCUCAAGAAAUACAUUUUCGAAGAGACUUUACUCUUCAAGCAGCAGAACGAAGGCGCGUAAACGCCUGAAUAAACGACCCCCCGCCCCCGCUUGAUGUAUGUAAUAGCGUGAGAGGGGAAGCGCUCGCUAACUCCAUGUUUUUCCUUAUCUGUUACUUUUGAUGGCUUGUUACGAGCAAUUUCAACAUGGCUGAUGAACAAGAAUUUAACAGGAUAAUACCUACAGUUCCAAAAUAUCUCUGAAUGGCGUUUUGAAAUGUACCAUUUCAAGGAUUACGUAGAAGAUUAAUCUUUCUUUAAUUCCAUAGUACAUUUUACGAAGUAGUUACAAAAAGAAAAUAAACAAUACGGUACCGACAGUUACCCUUAUCUUAUCGACUACAUAUAUAUAACAUGAUAGUAACAAUUGUAAUGUUACUAUCAUGUUUCUAGAGAAUUGUGUCUAGAGAAAGUAUAAGGAAAAACACGGAGCUCGCGUGCCGAGGUCUGACAUGACAUGAUACAGAAGGGUCAUUCAGAAAUGACACAAUUUUAAUACACGGUUCAAUCCAAAGUUUAUACGAAAGGUAAAGAAUAUUGGUAUUAUUGUGUAAUUUUUCUUAUCUUAAGAGAGACGCUAAUUUAAUCAUUGUAAUGGAAUCGGUGUUUUGUUUUCCUCGCAGCUAUCACGGCUGAAGGUGAUUAAGGAUCGAUAGAAUCCCUUAGAGUCGGUGUACAAUGCAUAAUAGUGACUUGUAAGUGCUGCGAAAGGAAACGUUUAAAGUCGGACUACCAUCGAGUGUAUAACCAGAAAUAGAGGCGAAAUGUCAUUUCAUUUGUUUGAAAACUAUUCUGCCAAAUCAUUACUGUGACAACUGCGCUCCGAUUG